AUUUCCCUCGUAAGAUGGCGGACGCCAUGUUCGAUUGAGGACGCGAUAGUAGCGUUCAUUCAAUCCGUGUAUUUAUAUCGUAUAUAUAUCAGUGAUUAUAUUAGAAAAAGUUUGUCAAACAUAUCUAUUGGCUAUCGAAUAGAGAAUUUCUAGAGGCUUUUGGAAACGUGCGAUAAUAACCAAGCCUUCGUCAAAACUCUUAUGUCAAUCGAAAUAUAACCUUAAAGUUUCCCAUCUCGAUUCGAGCGAGACGCACACAACUGGUGAUUUUAGAAAAUUCAAAUGUUUAUUAACUAAUUGUAGCAUCACAGAAUGGCUGUCAGCGCGUCUUUUCAUCGGAAUGUCUUUUUAUUAAAUCAAUUGAUUCCGCCAAGUGAAGAUUUCAAAAAGGUUUUUCGGGAGGGAAUGUUUGAUAAACCGAAUUUUGCGGGAUUCAUACAAGUCUCUCAUUAUCUAUUAAUGAUAUGUGAUGCUGAGCGUUUCAGAAAACUGGUUGAAUGGCCAAUAUUAUGUAAAAAAACGGAAGCAAAAUAUCGUAAUGAUGUCAGAGACUACUUAAAUGUUAUUGCUGCAGAGAAUCCUGACAUGGGAUUUCCACAUAUAGUUACUACAUAUCUGCAUCACGCGAGUGGUACUAAGUUUAUGCUUAUAAUGUGGAAAUUAUCUCAACUUGCACUAAAGAGGUACCUCAUGCAUAAUGUUGAAUAUGAAGUUAUAUCUGCACCAAAACCAGGUCCUGCAAUUGAUCUAAUUAAAACAUAUUUACAACAAUCUAAGGCGAGUGUUGCUAGUGAUACAUUGAGUCACCGUAGAAAUUGCACACAAAUGGAGAAAGCAGUGAAUUUUACAUUGGCAGAAGAGAAAGAACAAUUGGCUAAGAUUAAAACAGAAUUAUUUGACAAGAAACAAUCUGUGACAAAUUGCAUAAGUAUUGCACCUGUUGCUAUCUGUAUAAAAGAACGUUUGAAAAAUGUCGAGGAUGCAGAAAUCAUACAAAUGUGGAAAAAUAGUUUAGACAAAAAUAUACAUUACAUACAAAAACAGAACACAGUUUUGAAAAAUCUGGAAAAAAUAUGCGAAAAUAUAAGUGGCAUAAUAAUGAAUCUAUUAGGCAAUGCAAAAGUACUAGAUGGCAAACAGUUGGAAAAAAUCAAUUGUUCUCUGAUAUCGGAAUUACCAUUUCCACCUGACAUUCAGCAUUAUCUUUGUCAUUUAUAUAAUGAUAAUCAAUUGGUAUAUCACAAUUUUAUUUACCUGCACACUUUGAUACUUCAUCAAGUGUAUCAAUGUUUGAGGAAAGAUGAAUUAGUAGACUUAAAGCAAUGCCUGUUGCAAAUGGAAGCGAGUGUAGAAGAUAUGAAGUCUAUGUACAAUAUAUUUAAAACUAUUUUGACAAAUAUGAAAAAUUCUAUAGUCGAGACACAAAGUUUCUUCUGUAAAAGAAAUAUGGACUAUACAACUGGAGAAUAUGUGUUACCCUUUGUAAAUAGCGUGCUUCUUAUGCCAUCGCCUCUUAUCAAAAUUAAUACUAAUUGUGUAGAUGAAACGAAUGAUUUACAGAAAUUAUUGCAACUUACUCCAGGUGAAAUUGCGCAUAAAUCGUUAUUUUCGAGAUAUGUGCGAUAUAAGCGGAUUCAUACACCAGAUUUAAGAACGAAUUUAUUUGUAUCACGUAUUAAUAUCGAUAGUGCUAUGUCGUUAGACAAUAAUGACAAACAAAGUUUGAAUUUGCGUUUUGUAACACCUAAAAUGAAUAAAUUGUCCAAGAAAGUAACAGGAAAAUAUUGCCGAUUAUUUUCAUCACACAUGGAUAAAAAUAUAAAAGCCAAUUCCAGCAUGAUAUCUCUACCAUCUACAGCACAAGCCAAUUCUUCUGCCAUUGCAAAUACAAUAGGAGAAAUGCCUAAUAUUUCGGAUUUUAAUUUGGAUACUAUAGCAAAGGGUUAUUUUAAUCUGAAUGAAGAGUCUCUCAUAAAUUCUACAAUUUCUUGUAUAUCUACAUCUGCACAGUUUACUCCAAUAAAACAGAAUACCUCGAGAGAUAUGUCCCAAGAACGAACGACAGACAAGUUUGAUCACGAGUUUAAAGUAAAUAAAUUGGAGUUAAAUGACUUUACGGAAGUACAAUUUGUGAGUGAUGAGAAUAAAGGCACAGUUGUAAAGCAUGAAAAUAGUUCAAGAAGACAGUCUAUUAGUGACUUGGUGGAACGUUAUAAGAAAUUGCUGGAGGUCAGCAAUUCUACUAUGAUAAAGUUUCAAGAUAAAUGCAAAGAAUAAGAAGUUGAAUAACGAAGGAAAAACAGAGAAACAAAGAUAAGUGAUGCACAUAUUAUGAAAAGAUAUCAAUUUUUAUUAAAACUAAGGAGGAACCCAAUUAGUAAUUACCUCAUCAUGAUUCUCUUCCUUAUUUCCCUCAUCGUCGUCUCCAGAACUAUCUCCUCCUGAACUAUCGGCAGAAUUACGUUGCUGAUCUUUGUUAUUUAAGCUAUUCACAGCAGUUGUGGGUAUAGCUUUGAUUUUACUAGCGGCAUCGUAACAUUGUAAACAAACUCUGACGGCCUUCCCGUUCCCCUGUCCAGUGCAUGCAAAUUGUAGCUUCAUUAUCUGGUACCCAGACUGCUGCGUGAAUCUCGACAGGCUUUUUGCCGCCUAUAAGGAUAUAGAGAAAUAAAGAAAGGAUUAAAGUCUAAAUCAAUUGUGCAGAUCUAUGGAAUUACGAGAGAUUUGGGUUGCAAAACACAUCGUUGUAAUAAUUUAGCUUUUACUUACUUUUUCUUAAUAAAUCUUCAAUACAUUUUGUGAUAUGUGCCAUCCAUUCUUGCUUCUCUGUUGCAGUAGCAGCAUAAACAGCAAAUGACUUUGUUACUGUUUUAAUGAG